GUUUUGGUAUGAACAGGAUUCGGAUUCACGUUUUGCCAACCAAUCGGGGGAGGAUCACUCCAGUGCCUCGGUCUCAGGAGCCCCUGUCUUGUUCAUUCACUCAUCGCCCAUGCUCUCAGCCUCGUCUGGAGGGACAGGAAUUUUGCAUUAAGCAUAUCCUUGAAGACAAGAAUGCGCCUUUCAAGCAGUGUAGUUACGUAUCGACCAAGAAUGGAAAAAGAUGUCCUAGUGCAGCCCCAAAGCCUGAGAAGAAAGAUGGGGUGUCCUUCUGUGCUGAACAUGCUCGGAGGAAUGCCAUGGCACUUCAUGCCCAAAUGAAGAAGACCAACCCAGGGCCUAUGGGUGAAACACUCUUGUGCCAACUGAGUUCAUAUGCCAAAACAGAGUUGGGUUCUCAGACUCCAGAAAGUAGCCGCAGUGAAGCCAGCCGAAUUCUAGAUGAAGACAGCUGGAGUGAUGGGGAGCAAGAACCCAUUACUGUGGAUCAAACAUGGAGAGGUGACCCUGACAGUGAAGCUGAUAGCAUAGACAGUGAUCAGGAAGAUCCUCUGAAGCAUGCUGGUGUCUACACAGCAGAAGAAGUGGCACUAAUAAUGCGUGAGAAGUUAAUUCGUUUACAGUCCCUUUACAUUGAUCAGUUUAAACGACUUCAGCAUCUCCUCAAAGAAAAGAAGCGCCGUUAUUUACAUAAUCGGAAAGUAGAACAUGAAGCUCUAGGCAAUAGCCUCCUUACUGGCCCAGAGGGACUCUUGGCUAAAGAACGUGAGAAUUUAAAACAACUAAAAUGUCUCCGUCGAUACCGUCAGCGCUAUGGAGUGGAAGCCUUACUACACAGACAGCUGAAGGAACGCAGAAUGCUGGCCACAGAUGGUGCCGCUCACCAGGCCCAUACGACUCGUUCCAGUCAGAGAUGCUUGGCAUUUGUGGAUGACGUUCGUUGUUCUAAUCAGUCUCUUCCAAUGACCAGACAUUGCCUUACUCACAUUUGUCAGGAUACGAAUCAGGUUCUCUUCAAAUGCUGCCAGGGGUCAGAAGAGGUACCCUGCAACAAACCAGUUCCUGUAAGCCUCUCUGAGGAUCCCUGCUGCCCCCUGCAUUUCCAGUUGCCUCCUCAGAUGUAUAAGCCCGAGCAGGUACUGUCUGUGCCAGACGAUCUGGAAGCCUGCCCCAUGGAUCUGUACUUGAGUGCUGCCGAGCUUCAGCCCACUGAGAGUUUACCUCUGGAGUUCAGUGAUGACUUGGAUGUUGUAGGUGAUGAAAUGCAGUGUCCUCCUUCACCCUUACUUUUUGAUCCUUCGCUAAGCCUUGAAGAUCAUUCAGUUAAAGAAAUUGCUGAAGGCCCAGUGGAUAUAUUGGGCCAAAUGCAGAUGGAUGUAGAUGGAUGCAGAUCCCAGGGAUCCCGAAACUCUGAAAAAGCGCCUGCAAUGGUGCCUCAAAGUGGAGUGGCUACAGCAAAUGGGAAAGCAGAACCUACGUCUGUCAGUUGAUGGCUUUCUGGAAAACCAUUUGACUUUGGAGGAUUUAAAUUCCCCACUUUCCAAACAAGUAUUUCUGACCAUCUUUCACUACUAAACAAGGGCAGCCCAGAUUGCUUUGUUUUACUUCUGAGUUAUUGGGAACUGUAGUCAAACUAA